AUGCUUCAUCAUGCCAAACUGGACAAGUGUUUCUGGGCCGAAGCAGCGAUGACGGCCAUCUACGUCAAGAAUCGACUGCCGUCACCUAAAGUCGUGCACAAGACCCCGUUUGAGAUCGUCUACAACUUGAAACCAAGCGUCAAGCACAUGCGAACAUUCGGGUGUCAGACAUACAUACUGACGCCUAAAGAGAAUCGACUCAAGUGGGAUCCAAAGGCUCGCGCUGGCAUAUUCGUGGGCUACGAAGAAUUUUCGAAGGCAUAUCGUGUUUAUGACAUCGAGGCGGGGCAGGUGGUUAUCAGCCGCGAUGUCAACUUCGACGAGUCCACCUUUGGACUUCAACUGCCGAUCACUGAUGAAGAUGUCGAUGACCUGGACUUCGAAUUGCUGGAUCUUGAUGACGAAGAGCUGCGUCAAAUGGAGUACAAGCAAACAGGCAAGCGCAAGAACCGACUCAAUGAUGAAGAUACAGCAGCUCCACGACCGCGUGCAGUGCGUCAACGACCAGGACUAGAAGAGUCAAGCGCGCCGGAAAACAACUCGUCACGACAAGAAGAAGACGAAGAAACGAAGGAUUCUGGUGAUUCAACACCGCCUGUGUUUUGGCGUGCGAGUGCAAAUGCCGUUGAAGCAGCAGUGGACUUAUCAGAGCCCUCAACAUUUGAAGCAGCAGUAAGCGGCCCUGACCAAGUGCACUGGAGAAAAGCAAUUCAUGCAGAGCUCGAGUCAAUGCGACUUCGCGGUGUGUUUCGUGCAGCCAAGCUGCCCAACGGACAACGCGCCAUUGGCACAAAAUGGGUGUUCAAGAUCAAGCGCAAGGCGGAUGGGUCAAUCGAGAAGUACAAGGCACGACUUGUGGCCAAGGGUUUCCGCCAAAAGUAUGGCAUCGACUACACGGAGACGUUUUCGCCUGUGGUCAAGUAUGUGACGCUGCGAAUGGUGAUCGCAAUUUCCAAGCAUUUUGGAUGGCCCAUCGACCAGCUUGAUGUGGUGACAGCUUUCCUGUAUGGCGUCAUGAAGGAACAAGUGUUCUGCGUGAUUCCUGAAGGCGUCGAACUUGACAGUACGUUCGACUGA